AGGAAGGAGAGGAGCGUUCGCGAAAAGAGAAGAAAAGAAAGAAAAAGAUUGAAAAGAGAAGGAAGAGUGAAGAUGAGGCUCCCUCCUCCCACUGCAAAAGUCCAACUGCAGCAACACACAGUCUGCCCCAUGAAUGCCCAUGAUUAAAGAGACAUGGAUUUCGUAUCUCUGUUCCUCCCCUUUUUCAUUCUAAAGCUCGUCAUCAAACUAAAGUACCCAAAUUCCUUCAUCAUUAGGAGUCUCUUCCAAGCAACACUCCACCACCAUUAAUUUAUUCAUUUACUAACAACCCACUCACUCACACUUCCUUCUUCACCCAUUUGAUUUUUCCCACUUCACCCGCAUUUUUCCUACACUCAUUUUUUGGGUGAUCGUAUUCAUGACCCUUUAGCUUUUCCUUUUCAAAUUUGUAACGCUAACCGUAGAAAUUGGCUUGUGGGUAUUGAAUUUGAGUUUGCAGCGAUGCCGGGGUUUGUUUCCGUGCGAAACCCACCUCAGACACCGCCAUUACCCGUGUUCAUACCCGAAGACCCGACUCGGAGAAACGAGUACUCCAAUGGUGGCCAGGCCAACAAAAUCCCAUCUCCCUCCAAUUCACGAGCCCUGUCCGGAAAGAAUGCCCCGGAAAAGGUACCCACUAACGAGUCCUCUCUGGAGAACCCGGAUUUGGGGCCGUUUCUGUUGAAGGUCGCCCGGGACACGAUGGCUUCGGGUGAGAACCCGAAUAAGGCGUUGGACUAUGCGCUCCGGGCCUCCAAGUCGUUAGAGAAGUGCUCGGGUCCGGGUCUGGAGCUUGUUGUGAGCCUCCAAGUGGUGGCUGCGAUUUACUGUAGCUUGCAGCGGUUCGAGGAGGCAAUUCCGGUUCUGGAGCGGUCCAUUGAGGUUCCGGAUCCUGAUAACGGCUCCGAUCACGCACUUGCGAAGUUUUCCGGGUACAUGCAACUCGGGGAUACGUAUUCGGUCCUGGGGAGGCUGGACAAGUCCAUUUCGUGUUACGGGUCGGCCUUGAAGAUCCAGAUAGAGGCUCUGGGUGGGUCAGAUCCGAGAGUUGCAGAGACUUGCAGGUACUUAGCUGAGGCCCAUGUUCAAGCAAUGCAAUUCGACGAGGCAGAAAGCUUCUGUAAGAAGACUCUUGAAAUUCAUAGGGAGCAUACUGCACCUGCAUCCCUUGAAGAAGCAGCCGAUCGGCGUCUUAUGGCUCUCAUCUAUGAGGCAAAAGAAGAUUAUGAAUCUGCACUCGAGCACCUUGUCCUGGCUAGCAUGUCAAUGAUUGCCAACGGGCAAGAUAAUGAGGUCGCAGCCAUUGAUGUUAGCAUCGGUAACGUUUACUUGUCUCUCUGCCGUUUUGAGGAAGCUAUUUUUUCCUACCAGAAGGCGCUUACUGUCUUCAAAUCCACCAGAGGUGACAAUCACCCUUCUGUAGCAUCGGUCUAUAUUCGCCUUGCUGAUCUCUACUACAAGACAGGCAAGUCAAGAGAGUCCAAAUCAUACUGUGAGAAUGCCUUGAGGAUAUUUGCAAAACCUGUGCCUGGAGCCACACAUGAGGAAAUUGCCUGUGGGUUAACCGAGAUCUCAACCAUCUAUGAAGCUAUAAAUGAGCCUGAGGAGGCAUUGAGGCUCUUGCAGAAGGCAGUACAGUUAUUGGAGGAUACACCUGGUCAGCAUAGCACAGUUGCAGGACUUGAAGCACAGAUGGGUGUGAUGUUCUACAUGAUUGGGAGAUAUGGGGAAGCUCGGAACUCUUUUGAGAGUGCUAGAGCAAAGCUUCAUUCCAGUGGGGAGAAGAAAUCAGCCUUCUUUGGAAUAGUGUUGAAUCAGAUGGGAUUGUCUUGUGUGCAGCUUUACAAGUUAGAUGAGGCCACCAGAUUGUUUGAAGAAGCGAGGGAGAUACUGGAGCGGGAGUGCGGCUCAUUUCACAUGGAUACAAUUGGAGUUUAUAGCAAUCUUGCAGCAACUUAUGAUGCCAUGGGGAGGGCAGAAGAUGCAAUUGAGAUAUUGGAGUACAUUCUUAAGGUGAGAGAAGAAAAGCUUGGAACAGCAAAUCCAGAGGUUGAAGAUGAAAAGAAAAGGCUAGCAAAGCUUUUGAAAGAAGCCGGAAGGGGUAGGAACAGAAAGGGAAAAUCCCUUGAAAAUCUUCUUGAUUCCAACUCCCAUGGGAUGAAGGAGAGAACUAAAAGGAGGUCUGGAUUUCGUUUCAAGACUUGAUUAAGAAUAAGAUUCCCUCUCUGCUCUCCUUUCCUCCCACUGACUCCAGUUUUUGUUAUGUUAGAUUGUGUAAAGAUCAAGGUCAUACAAUUGCUGGAGCCUUCUUGUUCCUUAUUACUUAAUUUCCACUCUUUAAAGUUCUUGUAUUAUCUCAUUUUAAUUUUUUUUUUCUUAUUAAAUAUCGAAUUUGUUCACUUGAUGAAAAGCUAUAUUCUGUUGGGUACA